AUGGCCCGUUACCUCAUAACGGUGUUGUUCGUCUCUACGCGCGGCGAGUUUGUAGACAACUGGGGACAACCUUCAGCACCUGUCGGACUGUACGACGGUCCGAAGAUAGACGCACUCUGGAAUAGAUGCGAAUGGAAAGACUUUAAAUUCGGAGAAAUCUUUCGAGGCGCAUUGCUAAACUAUUACACCUCGACCUCCAAUUGGGCCGCCUUUCGCGGUUACGACUUGGUGCCCGAGAAUAGUCACCUCUAUGAGUAUUUCAACCUCUUUCACCGGCUAAUUGAAACAGAAGAGACCGAGUUUAUGGCAAGUUACGACAUCCUGAAUCACUGCACUGGGGCGGUGGGUGAGAACGGGAUCGUCCUUGGUUUCCCGCCUAUUCAUGUACACCACGUCCAUGCCAGCCCGACAAAUACAGGCAUGCAGAGAUCGCGUAUACUCGACUGUGCAAAACUUGCUGCCGGUCUGCUGGCCAAAAACGAGAACUGUUGUUCCGAUGUCAUGCGUAUUGUUUUCGAACAGCAUGGUGACUUUAUGUGCCGAACGGCUGAAGGUGGUACUCGCUGUUACCUUGAGGACAUGCCUGAGGGUUAUGCUAAGCGUGUCACGGAGUCUAUGAUAAUUAAUGGCGAGCUGAAUGAUUUGGCAAUGAGUGGGCGUCGCUUUCAACCCGAAGCAAGGGCUUACGAUCCGAUUGAUCCUUUAUCUCGCGGCUUUUCUGAUAAUAAUGCGGUGAAGCAGCACAUAUUGACGGCGUAUGACAAACAGAGCAUCGAAGCCGGCAAACAACCUCGGUUGGUUUGUCACGGGCGUACUGAUUAUGAAACAAACUUCUCCAAACUGGCAUAUCAGUUUGACAGGCGCGCGCCGACUUUCUGGAGCUUCAGUAUGCAUGAUCCAUUUGUUGUCAUUGGCUUCAACGAGCACUGUGGACCAGCACCGGGGCCCCAUGAACCAGGAGUGAUCCCGGCGACAUUGGUUUCUUACUUCGGAUAG